AUGCCGACCGCGACGCCCCCGACAAAUGGAGCACCACGUACCCGAAUUAAUGGCCAUCAUGUCCCCUCCUCAAAAUCCCCCACACGCGAUACCGAAUGCCAGACCGAAGAUGACUCGAGCCCCGAAAGGACAGCGAAACUACUAGCAGAUCGGCCGCGACACAAGCGAAAGGAGUCCAGUCCGCUAGCACCUGCUUUCAUCAUCUCCGCUCCGGGCAAGACCAUUGUCUACGGCGAGCAUGCAGUCGUGCAUGGAAAAGCGGCGAUCGCUGCUGCCAUCUCCCUUCGCACAUAUCUCCUCGUCACCACACUAUCCAAGUCGAAGAAGACGAUCAGCCUAAAGUUCACGGAUAUCGGACUGGAUCACACAUGGAACAUUGCAGACUUGCCUUGGAGGGAGUUUGCGCCGCGGAAGAAGAAGUAUUAUGAUUUGGUUACGACGCUGGAUAAAGAGCUGGUGGAGGUCAUGCAGCCGCAUAUAGCAUCUGUGGGUGCUGAUGAGGCUUCGCCAGAGAAGAAGAAGAUCCAUCAGUCUGCCGCAAGUGCAUUUCUCUAUCUGUUCCUCUCACUCGGCUCAGAGCACUCACCCGGUGCUGUUUAUGCUAUGCGUUCGACGAUACCAAUCGGAGCAGGCCUGGGCAGCAGUGCGAGUGUAAGUGUGUGUAUUGCAGCUGCGCUGCUGGUUCAAUCUCGAGCUCUCUCUGGGCCACAUGCAGAUCAGCAGAGCACCGAGGCAGAACAACAGUUGGAAAGGAUCAAUCGUUGGGCAUUCGUCGGUGAGCUGCUCAUUCAUGGCAAUCCCAGCGGAGUGGACAAUACAGUCGCCACGAAUGGUCAUGCUGUAAUGUUUCAGCGAACAGACUACAACAAGCCACCCUCAGUUGAGAUUCUACGCGACUUCCCCGAGCUUCCGUUAUUGCUAGUCGACACCUGCCAGGCAAAGUCCACGGCUGCAGAGGUUGCGAAAGUUGGGCAGUUGAAAACUAUGCAUCCCACGGUCGUCGAGGGCAUCCUAAAUGCAAUCGAUAGCAUUACACGAUCCGUCUACGACAAGAUCACCAGCGACGAUUUUGAUCCGCGAUCUCGCGAGUCCAUCACACAUCUUGGAGAACUCAUGAAUGUCAACCAUGGCCUUCUCACCAGUCUCGGUGUCUCCCACCCGCGACUGGAGAGAUUGCGGUAUCUGGUGGAUCAGGCGGGUGUAGGCUGGACGAAACUCACUGGAGCUGGAGGUGGAGGCUGUGCCAUCACUUUAUUGAAGCCAGAGGCAUCACCAGAAUCCAGUCAGCUGAAUGGCGAAGCCGCUCACUCAUUGACGGACUCUGCRAUCAGCGUGCUUGUGAGGCAACUGGAGGAGGAAGGCUUCACGAAAUACCAAACGACACUGGGUGGAGACGGAGUAGGUGUGUUGUAUCCGGCAGUCAUCAGAGAUGAGGACAUCGAUCAGGAUAUGUUCCUAGCGGCAGAGGGCAGGGAGGGAGUGGAGGAUCUGGUAGGUGAUGGCAACGAUGAUGGAACAGAGGAAUGGAAGUAUUGGAGACCUUGA